AUGAAAGUAUCAAGCAACUUAAAUUGUUCUGAUGAAUGGUGGAAAAGAAAAAUUCAGGAAAACCCGAAAGUUCUAGCAAUUCAAAAUAACCAACCAUCUAUACAACUACAAGAAGAGUGGGAUCAAUUAUUUGGAGAUGUAGUUGCUAGUGGGGAAAAUUGUGUGGCACCCUCUAUGGAUCCAACUACAUUCAGUGAGGUGCAUGUUGAGAACCUUGAGGAUGACAAUGUUGAGGGAGGUAACAAUUUCUUUGGUGACUUUUUGAAUGAAGUAAGUCAACAUGAUGCAUCAACAUUAAGCCCAAGUGAGGUUGCAAAAAAUUUUGAAAAGUCUACUAAAGUAAACACUAAGCCUAAACCAGUUAAGGUGAAACGUAAAGGGAGAGAAUCAUUGGGAGCUUCAAUACUUAAAGAACAUUUAACUCAAAGUAGCCUGAAUCAACAACGUGCUUUAGAAAUAUUAGAAUCAGAUUCUUCCAAACUCAGUCAAAGUACUAAGUUUAGUAUUGAAGCUGCUAUGGGUUUGCUUAGCCGGAUGCUAGAUGCAGGAUUAAUGAGAGAAGAUGAGGAGUUGUGGUUAUUUGCAAUGGAUUUAUUUGAAGAUCCCGUGAAAAGAGAAAUGUUUAUAAAUAUGCCACAUGAUCAUGGUAGGUUAGCGUGGCUGCAACGAAAGCAAAGGCUCACCAACUAAAGUUUUC